AUGCGCAAUCACGACUUCCCUUACCCAGAUAUGUCUAUCUUCCUUGUAUUAUUUAUUAUUAUUAAAUAUGUCCAGACAGAAAUAUUGGUCCACUCUUUUUUCUUUCUUUCUUUCUUUCUUUCUUUCUUUCUUUCUUUCUUUCUUUCUUUCUUUCUUUCUUUCUCAUUCUGUUCAGUUUUUCUAUCUAUCUAUCUAUCUAUCUAUCUAUCAGGUUUAAUAUCUAUCUAUGUCUGUUUUAUCAUCUUUAUCUAUCUAUUAUCUAUCUAUCUAUCUAAUCUCUAUCUAUUCUGUUCAAUCUAUCUAUCUAAAUUUGUUCAAUAUCUAUCUAUGUCUGUUCAUUUAUCUAUCUCAUCUAUCUCUAUCUAUCUCUGUUCAUAUCUAUCUAUCUAUCUAUCUGUUCAAUAUCUCUGUCAUCUAUCUAUGUCUCUGUUCAUUAUCUAUCUAUCAUUCAUUAUCUAUCUAUCUAUCUAUCUAUCUGUCUGUUCUAUCUAUCUAUCUAUCUAUCUAUCUAUCUCUAUGUCUGUUCAUUAUUCAUCUAUCUAUCUAUUCUGUUCAAUAUCUAUCUAUGUCUGUUCAUUAUCUAUCUAUCUAAAUUUGUUCAAUAUCUAUCUAUGUCUGUUCAUUACCUAUCUAUCUAUCUCAGUCUGUUCAAUAUCUAUCUAUGUCUGUUCAUUAUCUAUCUAUCUAUCUAUCUAUCUAUCUAUCUAUCUAUCUAUCUCUGUCUUUUCAAUAUCUAUCUAUGUCUGUUCAUAUUUCAUCUAUCAUGUCUAUUCUAUUAUCUAUCCAUCUUCAUCUAUCUAUCUAUCUAUCUAUCUAUCUAUCUAUCUAUCUAAGUCUGUUCAAUAUCUAUCUAUUCUCAAUAUCUAUUUAUUAUCUAUCUAUCUAAAUUUGUUCAAUAUCUAUCUAUGUCUGUUCAUUAUCUAUCUAUCUAUCUAUCUGUUCAAUAUCUAUCUUAUCUAUCUAUCUAAAUUUGUUCAUCUCUAUCUGUUCAUUCAUAUCUAUGUCAGUCUGUUCAAUAUCUAUCUAUGUCUGUUCAUUAUCUAUCUAUCUAUCUAUCUAUCUAUCUAUCUAUCUAUCUAUCUAUCUAUCUAUCUAUCUAUCUAUCUAUCUAUGUUCAUCUAUAUUUAUAUUCUCUAUAUAAGCAUCUCCUAUAUCUAUCUGUUCAUAUCUAUCUAUCUAUCAAUCUAUCUAUAA